UAUAGAGGGAGGAUGAAGGGGUGACUUGUGUAUUUCCCUCCCUGAGUCACACACCAUGGCGGGCCCUCAGCAGACUCCCAGGGACCACACGGAGCCUCAGGAGAGGGUCACCGGGGGCACACAGACCACAGGGGGCGGCCAAGGGGGCUCUAAUACCCUUAGUGACCGGCCUGCCCCGCCCCCCGAGCCACCUGACCUGACCCGUGCCCCGCCUGACCCCGCCUGCCCUGCCCCGCCCCGUGACCUUAUUAGCGUCUUCGUGGUAACCUUUGACCUCAAGGAAGGCAAUCUUCUGGAGUGGAGCAUGCCCAAGGGAGUGGCUCUGGAGGGUGUUGAGUUCCGCGCCCUCAUCAGCGGGGCGCACACAGUCACCUCGGAUUUUAUAUAUUUCCGUCAGGGCGACUUUUUCGGGGCGGCGUGCUAUGAAAAACUGGAGAUCCUCAGCGACGUGGAGCGCGGAGUGCGGAUGAAGAGUGUGGGGGUGAUCGUGGCCCACUACCCACACCUGCACCCACACCUGCCCCGCCUGGCACAGCUGGUCAGGUGUGUUCUGCAGCGGCCAGGUGACUACAGCUCGUUAGAGGACUACUACCUUGCUCGCUGCGCCCCCACCCCGCCCCCCUCUGGCUGGCAUGCCCCGCCCCGCCUGACCCCCGCUGCCCCGGCCCUUCCCUCCCCCCCGCCCCUGCACCAGACCAUCUUCAGCGGCUCACUCAACAACGAGGGCGAGGGAGAGAAAGGCCCAAGCCACCUCCUGCGGACCUUAGGCGAGCAGGUGGUGUCUCUGUGGCGCGCAUCGCUGCUAUGUAAGCGGAUCAUGUUCCUCUCGGAGCCCCCCAUCGGCCGGGUGUGCUGGUGGGUGCAGUGGGUGUGGCUGCUGGGGGCACACUCCACACCCGGGCUGCCCUCCUCCCUCCUGCGUCCGCUGUACUAUGUCAGCCUAUCCGACCUGGACCUACUGGCCGAGCAGCACUCCUAUGUGGCAUGCACGACCGAGAAGAUAUUCGAGGAGAAGAAUGGCAUCUACGACCUGUACGUUGAGGGCGGCUGCGUGCGGCUCUCCGGCAAGCACCCCGCCAUCACCACCAUCACCGCUGAGGACCGCCAACGCCUCGCCGCCCUCAACCGCAAGGAGAACCUCACCCCAGCGGACCUUAAGGCGUUCUUCCAGGAGGUCAACAACAGGAUUUUUACCGCUCUGUACCGUGCGUGUGGUAUGGGGGGGACGGGGGUGCUGGGGCGGGAGGAGCUGAUUGAGAUGGGGCUGAAUGCAAACGAAGAUGUGGUUUUCGUGAGGGAGCUGGCCGCCACGCAUGGGUUUGAUGUGGUGGUGCGGAGUGGCGGAGUGUGUGGGUGUGGAGUGUGUGGGUGCUGUUGAUGAUGAUAGUGAUAGUGAUAGUGUGUGUGUGUUUGUUAUGUUUUUUUUUAGGCCUACGAGGGUGUUUUUUGGUGAUAGGCCUAGUCAAUUUAGCUGUUUUUUUGUGUGUUUAUGUUUUUUUAGGCCUACAAGGGUGUUUUUUGGUAAUAGGCCUAUUCAAUUUAUCUUUUUUUAGGCCUACGAGGAUGUUUUUUUGGUGAUAGGCCUAGUCAAUAUAGCUGGUUUUUGUCUGUGUGUGUGUCUGUCGGUAUCUGUUAAUCUAUCUCUCGUGUCUAUUCUAGUCAUUCUAUUUAGUUAUCUGUCUGUCUAUCUGUGUAUGCUUGCCUCUAUCUAUCUAUCUAUCUAUCUUGUUUGUCUGUCUAUCAUUAUAUCUGUCUAUCUCAUUCCUCUUCUAAGUACUUAAGUCAUUCCUUUCUCUAUCAGUCAAUCUAUUUAUUUUUUCUUUGUCUAUCUAUCUAUCUAUCUAUCUAUCUAUCACCCAUUCCACUGCUAAAUACUCUAAUCAUUCCUUUCCAUAUCAAUCCAUCUAUCUCUACCUCCUUAUUUCUCUAUCAUUCCACUGUCAAACAUCAAACUCAUUCCUCUCCCCUCCAUGGCCCAGUGGUUAGCGCGCCUACCUCCAAACCCACACGCCCUGGUUCUAAUCCUUCUCCGUGAGUCAGCGUUUAGUCCGCUAAGCUGUUGAUCCUCCCUCUGUGACUGGGGGGGGUUAGGGGACACCUGGGAGGGUACACUGUGGUAAUAUGGAUGUCACGCUGCCCCCUGGGGUGAUGUGUUCCCUGAGGUUCCAUCCCACCACAGGCUCAAGGGGUGGUGUGACGGAGAUGCGCGCUGAGGCCGUGUGCAGGUAUGGCGUGUUCCCUGAAUUGUAGCGUUACUUGUUUACUUGUUUGUGUUGCAUUCCACUGUUGGUUUUUGAGUCAUUCCACUGUAUUGUUAUGGGUGUAAUGUUUAACUUUUUUCUGUAUAUGCUGUAUGUACUUAAUUUCACUUAAUCUAUCUGUACUUAAGUAACUGUACUUUCAUAACUUAUUUCUGUCUAUACAUAAAUUCCUUCACUAAUAUUUAUCUACAUUUAACUCUACUCUCUUAAUUUAUUUUCUACCUAUAUUUGAUAUCCUUAAUUCACUUUGCUUCCCUUCUCUUCCCUUCCCUUCCCUUC